UUGGUAGAUACAAAAUAUCUUACAAUUUAAUUUUGGAAUAUGUUAAAUUUACAAAAGAAGGUUGAAGAUACAAAACUCGCAGUGUUCUUGGACCACAGGAAGCUAAUAAACGAAGCAUAUGGCGAAUUCCAGCUCAGGCCUGAGCUCUUCCAUUUUCAGGCCAAGAAGACGCACCAGGAAAAUGAGGGAACCAAGUCCAGGAAGCGCAAGAGGAAACCCAGCGAGGAAGAGCUGGUAUCUUUGGAAGAUUUGAAGAUGGUAAAUGGAUAUCUAGAGCUUCUGCCAAAGGCUCUUGAAGAACAGGAAACUCCAACGAUGGAGAGGCACUGGGAAGACGCCUACGAACUGCCCCAACUCCAUGGAGCCAACGAAAGCGGACGGAUGCAGCAGUUCCAGGGACCAAGCGGCGUAUACUUGAUUCCCAAUCGAUCCCGAUUCUACAACCACAAUGUGGAGAAUCUGACGGCUCUGCUGCACCAACUCCUGCCCACCUACGAUCUCAUCGUGCUGGAUCCUCCGUGGCGGAAUAAGUACAUCCGCCGGUUGAAGAAAACCAAGCAGGAGCUGGGCUACUCGAUGCUGAGCAAUGACCAACUGUCGCUCAUCCCGCUCUCCAGGCUCACCCACUCCCGCUCCCUGGUGGCCAUCUGGUGCACCAAUUCAACGCUUCAUCAGUUGGCCCUGGAGCAACAGCUACUGCCCAGCUGGCACCUGAGAUUGCUGCACAAGCUCCGAUGGUACAAACUCAGCACAGAUCAUAAACUGAUUGCUCCUCCGCAAGCGGAUCUCACCCAGAAACAGCCCUACGAAAUGCUCUACUUGGCUUGUCGCUCUGAUGCUCCAGAGGAUUUCGGGAAGGAUAUCCAAAGGACCGAGCUGCUCCUCAGUGUGCCCAGCAUUGUGCACUCCCACAAGCCACCACUGCUGUCCUGGCUUGGGGAUUACCUCCAGUUGGAUGGGGAUCAGGAGGAACCCAACUGCUUGGAGCUGUUUGCCCGCUUUCUGCAUCCCCACUUCACUUCAAUUGGCUUGGAGGUUCUCAAACUGAUGGACGAAAGGCUUUAUGUUGUGGAUGAGGCAAAAAAAUGCUGA